AUGCCUUCACAACUUGUCGAGAUUCCUCGCCCCAGGAGCUUCUUGCAAACCAUGUCCCUCCGCACCGGCGCAGAAAUCAUUACAUACCUACAAAUCAUCAACAAAGCCUCCGGCUUCUUCGGACUGCUCGCUGUCUUCACUGGCGCACGCAUCGACGGAUGGCAACUCUCCAUGUACAUUUACUCGACCCUCGCCCUCUUCGCCACAGUCUUCCUAUACAAGCACAUCCGGUUACAAAGUCCGUUUGAGGCGGUGCUGCUGGCGCAUCUGUAUGCGCUCGACUCGGUCAUCAACGCCCUCUACACCGCCUUCUUCGGCAUCGCAUGGUUCAUCACCCUCGCUGCACACCCAGACGACGCCACUGGUCUUUCACCAGGCAUGAAGAACAAUGCUGGAUACACAAGCCCAGACUACAACGUCACGCAAGUCGACAUCGUCGCUGAGCCCACAGACGGGCUCAAGGCCGGGCAAAACGCCAUCGCCGUCGGCCAGCCCACAGCAAACAGUGGCGCCGGCCUGGAGAACGUCGUCUUCCAGAGCGGAAGCAUAAUGAGCAUUUCCCUCAUCUCAGCCUUCUGGGCGCUACGCGUCUACCUUGUCUUCAUCAUGCUCGCCUUUGCCCGCCAAUGUCUACGCCAACACAUUGCCGCAAACGCCGCCUCAGCCGCCUGGUACAACUCCAACAACAUGCAGACCACCGCCGCCGACCUAGCCGAAAACCCCUUCUCCGAAGGCAAAGAAGAAGGCAGCGGCUGGCGAGGCCACCUCGGCCGCAUCAUGCUCAGCGGCGCCCCCAAAUACUGGCUCGGCGCUGAAGAAGGCGAGGACUGGCUGCGCAGCCUCGGCGGGAAAUUCAAGAGGCAAAAUCCAACACUUGAUCAACCUGUUGGCUUCAACGAGCGCGAGCGUAGACGUAGAUCCGGUACCGGGCCCCCUGUUCCCCAACUCAAUCUCACCCCUUUGAGCGCCGAACUGCCCCGGUAG